AUGCCGACGACAUCGACGAUGAAAGGGAAGAUCCCGCCUGUCUUCUACGUCGGCGGGGAGUACAUACGGGACGAGGAAGGGACGCACAUGAGCGGGCAAAUGUGCGUGCGACACUACGGCGGCGGCGACGACGGGGGCAACAACGACGCCCCUGAUCGGCCGGCAGUCAUCUUCAUCCACGGCGCCGCGCAGACGGGGACACACUUUGAAGUCACCCCCGACGGCCGGCCGGGGCUGGCGCUCCUGCAGGCCCGGCAGCAGCAGCAGCAGCAGCAGCAGCAGGACGAUAAUGGGUGGCCGUGCUACGUGGUCGACCUGGUCGGCGUGGGCCGGUCGCGGUACCACCACGGCGACAUGGGCCCCCUGAAGCACUACACCGUCGAGCAGCUGCAGGCGGUGUUCACGGCGCCGGACCCUGAUGCCUGGCCGACAGCAUCACUGCACAGGCAGUGGCCCGGCACGGGCAGGAUGGGCGACGCGCACUUCGACGCCUUUUACGCCAGCCAAGUCGGCCACAACGCCGACUACAAGGCCAUGGAACAGUGGGUGCGCAAGGCGGCGCGGGCGCUCCUGACCAAGACGGGGCCGGCGUACCUGGUCACGCACUCCCAGUCGGGUCCGCUGGGGUGGCACAUCGCCGACGAAUGCCCCGACAUGGUCAAGGGGAUCGUGGCGCUGGAGCCGCACGGCCCGCCGUUCGAGCCUCCGGACGUGGCGCCGUUCAACAAACGACCAGGUAUGGUCGGGACGCUGCUGCAUCCGUUCGGGGCCACGACGACGCCGCUGCACUUCGCGCCCGCGCUGGCCGCCGACGCCACGCAGCUCAGCUACGAGCGGUGUGGUCCUGAGGCGGUGUGUCGCCAGACACGGCCGCCACGACAGCUCGUCAAUCUCACCUCCAUCCCCGUCCUGCUCGUCACCGCCGAGGCCUCCUACCACGCCGCGUACGACCACCUGACGGCCGACUUCCUCCGUGACGCGGGCGUGCCCGUUGAACACGUCUAUCUUGCCGACAGGGGCAUCAGGGGGAACGGCCACUUGAUGGCCAUCGAGGCGAACAACGAGGAGAUCCAGAAGUUCAUCAAUCAAUGGCUGGUAAAGACGGAAGGAAAUCGACGAGGGGAAGCUUGA